UCUCUCUCUCUCUCUCUCUCUCUCUCUCUCUCUCUCUCUCUCUCUCUCUAGAAUCCACAUUUUUAUAUAUAAAUCCUUACCCAUCUCAGCUAGGAAUUCCAUUUCCUUAGAUUUUUAUUGAGGAGUGGAAUAACCAAGAAAGAGAAAAGAGGAGAGGGACCUUUAGGAAGAGAAGAGAGCCAGAGAGAGAAGAUUUGCUUAGCCUCUGUGUUCAUCAUGUACAUAUAUUCUUCUUCUUAGAUCUUUGUUUUGCUCCAAUUUUCCCAUCUGGGUGCUAUUAAAAUGGUGUUCUGGAUUGAGUUUUGAUUGAUGCAUGAAGGAUCCGAUGUUCCUCGAUUUAGUUUAACAAUUCCCACCUCAUAUCUGAUCGGUAUCCUUAACUGGGUUCUGCCUAAUUUUCUGGUUAAGAAAAGAUGGCAUCAGAUCUCGGUAAGCUCUUCAUUGGUGGAAUUUCUUGGGACACGGAUGAGGAUCGCCUUAAAGAAUAUUUUGGGGCAUAUGGAGAAGUGGCGGAGGCAGUGAUCAUGAGAGAUCGCACGACUGGCCGUGCUCGUGGCUUUGGUUUCAUUGUCUUUGCCGAUCCUGCUGUUGCACAAAGGGUGGUUAUGGAAAAGCAUACGAUAGAUGGUCGAGCUGUGGAAGCUAAGAAGGCUGUCCCACGGGAUGAUCAGCAGAUAAUAAAUAGAAACACCAGCAGCAUUCAAGGAUCACCAGGUCCUGGUCCUGGACGCACAAAAAAGAUUUUUGUUGGAGGUUUAGCAUCAACAGUAACUGAGGGUGACUUUAAGAAGUAUUUUGAUCAGUUUGGUACAAUUACCGAUGUUGUGGUGAUGUAUGACCACAACACCCAAAGGCCAAGAGGCUUUGGAUUCAUCACAUAUGACUCAGAAGAAGCAGUGGAUAGAGUAUUGCAUAAAACCUUCCAUGAACUCAAUGGUAAAAUGGUUGAGGUCAAGCGAGCAGUUCCCAAGGAGCUAUCUCCAGGACCCAGUCGGAGCCCUCUGGUUGGAUAUAACUAUGGUUUCAGUAGAGCCAACAACAUCCUUAACAACUAUGCUCAGGGGUAUAAUUUAAGCUCGAUCGGCGGCUAUGGGAUUAGGACAGAUGAUAGGUUUAAUCCAAUUGCUAGUGGUCGUGCUGGGUUCUCUCUGUUUGCUUCUCCUGGCCAUGGAAUGGGUGUUAAUUUAGAGCCUCGGUUGAGUCCGAGCUUUGGAGUAACCUCCAACUAUAGUAACAAUGGAUAUGGUCGGGUUUUGAGCCCUUAUUACAGUGGCAAUUCAAAUAGGUAUGGUACUCCUCUUGGAUAUAGUGGUAAUAACAGCCGAGGUGAGUAUUUAUUAGGCUCAUUGACUCAGAAUGCAUGGGGAAAUGGUGGCCUUAAUAAUUCUGCCAGCACUGCUAUCUCUCGUACUUACGUGGGCUCUGGAAGUGGGAGAUCCGGAGAAUUUGUGGACAGCAGAACAAAUUGGGGUUCUUCUCCUAUAUCUGUUCAGGGUGGUGGCAAUUCUUCUGGCUUUAGUAGUGGGAAUAUUGGCAGUAGGGUUUGGGAAAACUAUUAUGGGUUGGAAGCUGGUGGACUUGGAAGAAACAGUGGAACAGGUGUAACCAUGUCAUCAUCAAUUGCUGCAUCAAGUGGUGGUUAUGAAGGGUCUUAUGGGGAUUUGUAUCGCAGUGGUUCAGUGUAUGGUGAUCCUACUUGGCAGCCUGCAUCCUCUGAGCUAGAUGAUUCUGGCCCAUUUGGAUAUGGGAUUGGCAGUGCAGCAGAUACCACGGCUCAUGAUUCUGAGGGCUAUAUUGGAAGUUAUAGUAUUGCAAAUAAACAGUCGAAUAGAGGAAUUGCUGCAUAGGAGAUUUUGUUAUUUGGAUAUCAGAAGUUAAUUGUAGGAGAAAAGACUUCUGUGAAUCAGGUGCAGUUACACACCUAUUCCUAGUGGAAAUAUCAGCUUAUAAGGAAAUUGAUCAUAUUGACCUAAUGGUGAUUCUUGAUUUGAAGUAUACAUAUUCUGAGAGAGCAAUUGUAUGGGAUUUUGUGAAGGUUUGAGAUUUGUUUCUUCUAUAUGAAAUUAGGUUCGCUACUUGCAUUUUGAGACGUAAUACCAGAUUGCGGGAUAUACUCAGAAGGAUCUUUUCCUGUUAUGUGUUGUGCAUCUCUUCAACAUGAUACUACUGCUGGUACUACAUCAAAUAACAGAUUUUUAAUUUUUUUUGGGAUAUUCUUUUAUCAUUUUGUCCACUGUAUUGUCUGGCAAAGUAGCUGGUGCUUGUCCGUAUACUUUUUUUUCUUUCAUUUCAGGAUUUGUUUGUCUCGAAUUGUAUGUGAGAUUCUGAAUGAUUUAUUAGUGUGAAACAUUAGAGGGAUACCUGCUCAGGAUCCCCGAUAUUAAGUAACUGAAUAUUCUGAUUCAUUUUCGUCAGAGAUUGUCUGUUUAACUAGUUUAAACUUGAUUUGGGUAUAAAUAGAUGUUGUGUAUGACAUAUUUGUUCAUUUGACAUUGAUUUGCUUGCCCAGCACUGCCAGUUCCUUCUCUUUUGAUGGUGUAACAACUUGGUCAUUGAAUAGUUCAAGCACUUCUCACUGUCAUGGACAAAGGUCAUCCAAGUUGACUCAAAAGGAGGAGGGGAAGGGUCAAAAGGACAGUCUUACUAAGCAAAAGGGUAGCAGGCAAAACGGAGCUUUUCUUUCGCUCUAGUUGGCUUUUGGUCAAUCAGGUCACAUGAUACUUCGUUUUGUUGAAGAAACAGGUAGAUAAUCUAACUGGAAUAGAACUCCUUG